GACCUCACGUAGAGUGACCCAACAAGUGAUACAUAGACUGAGCACCAAGAAGACCUCGCAACGAUGAGGUCUCUCGGCCGCACUUCGUUGUGCUUUCACCUGGCCCUGCUUCUCCUCCUUGCCGUGGUCAGGGCAGAUGAUCCUAGCCUCGCCGAUGGAGGGAGGCUCAUUGACCCCAAGCCUUCCCCAAAACCCAUUCCAAAACUGAUGCCUCAACCCAACCCUAAAAUGCCGCACCCGAACCCAAACCCAAACCCAAACCCAAAGCCCACGACUCCUGCAAUGCCGGAACCCAACCCAAUACCGGACCCAGAUGCCAAGCCACAACCAAAACCAAUGCCUCAGCCUGACCCGAAGCCAACUCCUGAAAAGCCAAAGGCUGAACCUCAGCCAGGCUCAUUGCCGGUGUAUUCACUAGACGACAUUGGUUCCGACAGGACGAACCCAAAGCCUGACCCACACCCUAACCCUAAGGCAAACCCAAGAAAGCCGGACCCAGACGCCAAGCCACAACCAAAGCCAAUGCCCCAGCCGAACCCAAAGCCAAAUCCGGAAAAGCCAAAGCCUAAACCUCAGUCAGGGUCAUUGCCGGUGUAUUCACUAGACGGUGUUUCCGACAGGACGAACCCAAAGCCCAACCCGCAACCUAACCCUAGGACAAACCCAGCAAAGCCGGACCCAGAAGUCAAGCCACAACCACAGCCAAAGCCCCAGCCAAACCCAAAACCAACUCCAGCAAAGCCGGACCCAGAAAUCAAGCCACAACCACAGCCAAACCCAAAACCCACUCCUGCAAAGACGGAGCCUGAACCACGGCCAGGACCAUCCAAGUCGACGCCAUUGGACUCACUGUCAGUUCGUUUCGACAAGGUGAACCCAAAGCCUGAUCCACACCCGACCCCCAAGCCAACACCAAAGCCGCAGCCAAACCCCAACCCCCACCCGGGACCGUCCAAGCCUAAGCCGCCGGUGUACGCACGUCGCGUUGGCUCCGACAAGCCCCUCAACUAAGCGAGCAAGGUGGCUCGUGCAGCAUGGAUUGGAUGAUCAAGCAAUAUGUCACGUAUAAGAACAAGCUUAAUUAAGGUAUCCAUCCAUGGAAUAAUCAGCAGUGUGGCUGUCAGUCCUAUGAGUUGUAAAAUGGUACUGCCUAUGUAUGCUUCGCGUGUUGCAUGCGUACCUGUGUACGUAGGCGAUCUGAGUGUGCUUGAAUAUGAGUGUUUAUGAUUCCUAAUCAUGUGUGUACGACCAGCUUUGUGUAUCCAUGAUCAAUAAUGACAUCAAUCUACACAUGUAUGUGCCAA